AUGGCAGACAAGGUCGCGCAUGUGUUUGAUGAUGAAUAUGUUCCCGGUUUUUCGUGGACAUUACUGCUAAAUUGGAAAGCAACGUAUGAGAAAACAAAAGGACAUUAUAGUACUACCUCAGCAGUUUCUUUCCUUUGUAAUGCUAAGAAAAAGAAACAUCGUUUUCGAACCGUCACCUUCUUCAGACUCCUUGGUGGAGAAGAAAACUUAGAAACCGUGGAGACAUUCUCAUGA